AAUAAAAUUUUUUUAAAGUAGUAAAAAUAAAAUAAAAGUUCUUCAACGAAGACCAGCUUUGGUUGAAGAUGAAGUGUUGAAGCCAUUAAAGUAGUAAUAAUAACAUAAAAGGAAUCAGCGAAAAGGAGGCCAAAAAAUUAGCGAAUUGGGUUUUUGUAUGGGUGAGAGACCUGAAACACGGUUUCGUUUCGGCUUCUACUUCACGAGAGCCCAGAAUCUCAUUUGCUUCGUAAGGUGAUUUUUGGUCGAUAAAUUGAUCUGGGUCUGGUUCAAGUUAAGAAAUUUCGGUGACCCAGAAUAAGCUGAAUUUUUCUGAAUUAAAAAAAAUGGCUUCUCUGUCAAGCACAGGGGUAGCUCCUCUAAUUAUACCCAGUGAUUCUCUCCGGUCUGUUCUGUUCGGAAGAACAAUGCUUUAUAGCGGUUCUAGGCAGAAGAAAGUGCACGAUAAGAUCAUUUGUUCUUGCAUGGCGCCUCCCCAGAACUUGAGGAAUGAUGGGUCCUUUGCUACCAAAUUCAAUGAUUCAUUUAAGUCAGGUGAGUUGAGCAGGGUUCGGGAGCCUGAUUAUGGUGAUUCUGAUGUUCUAAUUGAGUGUCGAGACGUCCAUAAAUCAUUUGGAGAGAAGCAUAUAUUGAGAGGUGUGAACUUCAAGAUUAGACAUGGUGAAGCUGUUGGGAUAAUUGGGCCAUCUGGUACUGGAAAAUCUACAAUUUUAAAGAUUAUUGCAGGACUUCUAACCCCAGACAAGGGAGAAGUUUACAUUCGAGGCAGAAAAAGAGCUGGUUUGAUUAGUGACGAGGAGAUUUCUGGGCUACGAAUUGGAUUGGUUUUCCAAAGCGCGGCACUUUUUGAUUCUCUCACAGUUCGGGAAAAUGUUGGUUUCCUCCUAUAUGAGAACUCAAGCAUGCCUGGUGAUCAAAUUUCAAAGCUUGUGACAGAAAGCUUGGCUGCUGUUGGAUUAAAGGAUGUGGAGGAAAGGAUGCCUUCUGAAUUGUCUGGUGGAAUGAAAAAAAGGGUUGCAUUAGCUCGAUCGAUUAUUUGUGAUACUUCAAAGAAAGCUAUAGAGCCUGAGGUUCUUUUAUAUGAUGAACCUACGGCUGGGCUUGAUCCUAUCGCAUCUACUGUUGUUGAAGAUCUCAUCCGAUCUGUACACAUGAAAGGCGAAGAUGCAGUUGGGAAGCCUGGGAAUAUUGCAUCAUACGUGGUUGUCACCCACCAACAUAGUACCAUUGGAAGAGCGGUUGACAGGUUAAUAUUUCUUCACGAGGGUAAGAUUGUUUGGGAAGGGAUGACUCAUGAAUUUACAACGUCAACAAAUCCAUUUGUCCAACAGUUUGCAUCUGGGAGCUUGGAUGGCCCAAUUAAGUACUAGCCUUGGCAAAUUGAGUCUGCGGUGCUGUUGUUAGUAGUCAUCUACUUGGAUUCCUAAAUACUGAGAAAUUAGCAGUGAGAACUUGUAUGGAGCUAGCCCUUUUGCAUACUCAACAAGAAAUUCGAGUUUAAGCAAUUGAGUUCUUGAUGCUUGAUGAGAAAGAGAAAAAAAAAAAAGCCACACUUUUUGGGUGCCAACUCGAUUCAGAAGAGCCUGCUGAAUCGACAUUACUUACACAUAUAAUUUGUUGUAUUCUUAGGCCGGUUAGAUGAUUCAACCAUUUGAUAUUGUUAGUGACAUUUAAAAUGAACUGUUCUUUCUACUGUAGUUCUAUAAAUUUAUAAAAUUCCGCUGAUUUUAUUA